CCCCUCAGGAUUCUGGGGGUGGAGUUAAGAGCCCUGGGGGCGGGCGUAGAUAGAAUAAACAAGAGUUCUAAGAAAUGAGCUAGAAUAAGAGUUCCAGGGCGGAGCUAGUGGAUAUCUGGGCGGAUUUGAGACUCUAGGGUCAGGCUCUAGUCUUGCAAGGUGGCUUCUCGAAAAUCCAAUAAAAGAUUAGGGAGGUUUGCGGGGUGUGGAGUGUCUUCUUCCACCCUAUCUUCCUCUAAGAGCCGGGGGCUAUGCUUCGGGCUGAAAAGCAGAGAAGGCCCUGCCCCUUCCAAACCUUCUGCACCCCUAUUGGCGGAGGGGGCCUGCGCGACAGGCUCUCAUUGGUCCUGAACAGGCGGGGGUGUCUAAAGAGAAUACACGCCUGUUGUGGGCGGGACCAGACAGUACCGAGGGGGAUCUCGGGUCAGCCAAUCCCGGCCCGAAGAUUGUGUUGGGGGGCCUGGCAGGGGGUGUUCCGACACCCCCCCCCCGUUCUGAGCAUCCUGGGGGAGGACCCCGGUGCCAGGCCCGGCGUCGGCCGCCUGAUGCCGGGCAGGCCGAGCCGGGGAUGCUGGAACUAAGGGCGUUGCUAUGGCAACGGGAGGCAGGACCUGGGGGGGGAGCCCAGACCCGAGCUGGGGCCGGGGGGGCUGGCGGUGGCUGUGGCGGGGCGAUGGCGGAGCGCGGCCCGGCCUUCUGCGGCCUCUACGACACAUCCUCCCUGCUUCAAUACUGCAACGAUGACAAUUUGUCGGGCACGAGCGGGAUGGAGGUGGACGACCGCGUGUCGGCGCUGGAGCAGCGGCUGCAGCUGCAGGAAGACGAGCUGGCGGUCCUAAAGGCCGCGCUGGCUGACGCGCUGCGUCGCCUGCGGGCAUGCGAGGAGCAAGGCGCUGCUCUGCGCGCGCGGGGCACCCCCAAGGGCCGGGCGCCUCCGCGCCUAGGCACCACAGCUUCGGUGUGUCAGCUCUUGAAAGGCCUUCCCACUAGGACGCCCCUCAAUGGCUCGGGACCCCCGCGGCGCGUGGGCGGCUAUGCCACGUCCCCAUCCUCCCCCAAAAAGGAGGCGACCUCCGGGCGCAGUGCCCGCCGCUACUUGUCACCAGAGCGCCUCGCCUCAGUGCGCCGCGAGGACCCCCGCAGCCGCACCACAUCCUCUAGCAGCAAUUGUAGCGCCAAAAAGGAAGGCAAAACCAAAGAAGUUAUCUUCAGCAUGGAGGAGGGCUCCGUGAAAAUGUUCCUGAGGGGCCGCCCUGUGCUCAUGCUGAUCCCCGACGAGCUGGCACCCAGCUACAGCCUGGAUACACGCUCCGAGCUGCCUUCCCGCCGUCUCAAGCUGGACUGGGUCUAUGGCUACCGUGGCCGAGACUGCCGGGCCAACCUUUACCUGCUGCCCACAGGGGAGAUAGUGUACUUCGUGGCCUCUGUGGCUGUGCUAUACAGUGUGGAGGAGCAGAGGCAGCGGCACUACCUGGGACACAAUGAUGACAUCAAGUGCCUGGCUGUCCACCCUGAUAUGGUCACCAUCGCCACUGGACAGGUGGCAGGCACCACUAAGGAGGGGAAGCCACUGCCGCCCCACGUGCGCGUCUGGGACUCCGUUUCCCUCUCCACCUUACACGUACUGGGCCUGGGGGUGUUUGACAGAGCUGUGUGCUGUGUGGGCUUUUCCAAAUCUAAUGGGGGCAACCUCCUCUGUGCGGUAGAUGAGUCCAACGAUCACAUGCUUUCUGUGUGGGACUGGGCCAAGGAGACCAAGGUGGUAGAUGUCAAGUGCUCCAGUGAGGCCGUGCUGGUGGCCACCUUCCACCCCACAGACCCCACCGUGCUCAUCACCUGCGGGAAAUCCCACAUCUACUUCUGGAACCUAGAAGGAGGCGGCAUGAGCAAACGGCAGGGCCUAUUUGAGAAACACGAGAAACCGAAGUACGUGCUGUGUGUGACCUUUUUGGAGGGUGGCGAUGUGGUCACCGGGGACUCUGGGGGGAACCUCUAUGUCUGGGGCAAAGGUGGGAACCGUAUCACACAGGCCCUGCUGGGUGUCCACGAUGGCGGCGUGUUUGGGCUCUGCGCCCUGCGGGACGGGACGCUGGUGUCAGGAGGGGGCCGCGAUCGGCGGGUGAUCCUCUGGGGUUCCGACUACAGCAAGCUGCAGGAGGCGGAGGUCCCCGAGGACUUCGGCCCCGUGCGGACCAUAGCGGAGGGCCGGGGUGACACGCUGUACGUGGGGACCACCCGCAACUCCAUCCUGCAGGGCUCUGUCCACACUGGCUUCUCGCUGCUCAUCCAGGGCCACGUGGAAGAGCUAUGGGGCCUGGCCACGCACCCCAGCCGGGGACAAUUUGUGACAUGUGGUCAGGAUAAGUUGGUGCAUCUGUGGAGCGUGGAGUCCCACCAGCCCCUGUGGAGUAGGAUCAUCGAGGACCCGGCCUACUCUGCUGGCUUCCACCCCAGUGGCUGUGUCCUGGCCAUUGGCACGGCGACUGGCAGAUGGCUGCUGCUGGACACGGAGACCCAUGACCUGGUGGCCAUCCAUACAGAUGGGAAUGAACAGAUCUCAGUGGUCAGCUUCUCUCCAGACGGGGCGUACCUGGCUGUGGGCUCCCACGACAACUUGGUGUACCUGUACACGGUGGACCAGGGCGGCCGCAAGGUCAGCCGCCUGGGCAAGUGCUCGGGCCAUUCCAGUUUUAUCACCCACCUGGACUGGGCCCAGGACAGCAGCUGCUUCGUCACCAACUCUGGGGACUACGAGAUUCUGUACUGGGUUGAUCUGAUUGGCUGGUCUCCUGGCUUCUGGUUUCCUCCCUGGUGGACCCAACUUUUAACCAGUUCCUCCCCCUCCGGGUUGGAUGGCUGGGGUACAGGUUUCUAAGCAGAUACCCCUGCUCUCGUCUUGAGAUGUCACCACCCAGGAUCUAGCACCAGUCUGGAGAGGUAGAAUUAGCCUCCUGUGUCGGACCUCAGUGCCCGUUGUCUGUGGAAUGGAUGAAUUAAGUCAGUAGUUCUUUCCGUUUGGUUUUUGGUUUUUGGUUUUCUUGGCCGUGCCGCGCAGCUUGCCGGAUCUUAGUUCCCCGACCAGGGAUCGAACCCGUGCCCCCUGCAGUGGAACCGCGGAGUCCUAACCACUGGACCUCCAGGGAAUUCCCAGUAGUUCUUUCUGCUCUGAACACCUCCUCCCAUUUUCUG